ACACGCACACAGUUGAGGCAGCUCCAUUCAUUAGAGUGUGUGAGAAGCAGACGGUCCAAGCAUCCCGUCUCCAAUUGCUGUCACUUUUUGUUUCAAACUCCUUUUGUGUCUGUGUGUUUUUUCCGUCUCCUUUCUACCCACGUACGCGUGUGUGUUAAAGCAGAGAGCAUGCACGGCGACGACGAGCGGCACCGAGACUCCACAACAAAUGGACCCAAAUGGACCGGCCGACAACCCCGGCACAUACUCCACCGAUGCACUUUGUAUUUGUUGCUGCUGAGCUUGGAAAUCCAGAGGAGCGCCACGGAGCCGCUGGACUCUGAUGACUUUGCCUUCUUCCACGAGGGCAGCCAGGGGUGCCUGGGGGUGCGGUCUCACUCCCUGGUCCUGUCCACUUCCUGUCAGGAGGCCAGCCAGCGCUGGAAGUGGGUAACCCGGGGUCGCCUCUUCAACCUGGGCUCUUCCCUCUGCCUCGGCGUGACCACCGGCAACACCACGACGGCGGGACGCUCCCCUCUGAGCGUUUACACCUGCGAUCGCGACCCCCCCAAGGUGCGCUGGACCUGGAGCUGUGGCCAAGUGCUGGAAAACCUGAAUAACUACCUGCCCUGGCCCUCGUUUUGGAACUCCUCCACAGCCUCGGCGCCGUCCAAGUGGUCUCUGCACGGCGGCGUGCAGGACCUGUGUGCCAAAACAUACCGUGAGAUCUACACCAUCCAGGGCAACUCUCACGGCAGCCCGUGCUACCUGCCCUUCCUCUACGACGGCCAGUGGUUUCACAACUGCACCAGCAUCGGCCGCGAGGACGGCCACUUGUGGUGCGCCACCACCUACGACUACGCUACCGACGAACGCUGGGGCUUCUGUCCCGUCAAGACCGGCGGCUGCGAGACGUUCUGGGACACGGACCCGCUGACGGACAGCUGCUACCAGUUUAACUUCCAGUCCACGUUGUCCUGGAGCGAGGCCCGCAUCAGCUGCCAGCAGCAGGGGGCCGACCUUCUCAGCAUCACCAAGCUGCAUGAGCAGACCUACAUCACCGGCUUGUUGACGGGCUACAGCGCUGCCUUGUGGCUCGGCCUCAAUGACCUGGACAUCAACAGCGGCUGGCAGUGGGCUGACUCCUCGCCCCUCAAAUAUCUCAACUGGGAGCAAGACCAACCAAACCACGAAGAAGAGGAGAACUGCGUGGUGAUCAGGACGGAGUCAUCAGGUCGUUGGCAAAAUCGCGAUUGUUCCGACGCCCUUCCGUACGUCUGCAAGAAGAGGCCCAACGCCACCCUGGACCCUUUCACCACCGACUCGUGGGCGAACGACGAGAAGUACGAAUGCGACGUGGGCUGGCAGGCCUUCCAGGCGGGCUGCUACAAGAUGACCUCGGAGAAGAGCGACUGGGAGGCGGCGCUGAGAACGUGCCAGAAGAUGGAGGCCAACCUAGUCAGCAUCCACACGCUGCCCGAGUUGGAGUUCAUCAUUCGCAACAUUAAGAAAGACACUGAGCAGCUGUGGAUCGGCCUCCACGACACGGCCAUGCAGAUGGACUUCCAGUGGAGCGACCACACGCCCGUCAUCUUCACUCACUGGCACCCCUAUGAACCCAACAACUUCCGCAACACUCAGGAGGACUGCGUCUCCUUGUGGGGAGCCGCGGGUCGCUGGGAUGACAGCCCCUGUAACCUGACGCUGCCCGCCAUCUGCAAGAAGGCCGCCACUAAGAGUGACGGCAAACCUCGACAGCAGGACUGCAAACAGGGCUGGAAGUGGCACAGUCCAUCCUGUUACUGGGUAUCGGAGGAUCUGCUAACCUUUGCCGACGCCAGGAAAUCAUGUGAGGACAACAAGGCCACGCUCCUAACCAUCACCAACAGGUUUGAACAGGCCUUCGCCAACAGUCUGGUGUUCGGUCGUUCUGGAGAUUCCUUCUGGAUUGGCCUUCACGACCAAGGCAGCCCCGCCUCCUACCACUGGCUGAGCGGGGACAAAGUGUCCUACACCAACUGGAACCGAGACCAGCCUGUCAGUGUCCUGGGCGGCUGCGUCACCAUGGCGACCGGUGCGGCGACCGGCCUGUGGGAGGUGAGAGAGUGUGCCGUGUCCAAGGCCAAGUACAUCUGCCGUCAGAACCAGGACGCCGCCGUCAGCCCCGAGCCCCCCGCCCCUCAGCCCACGCCCAGCCUGAGCGGCUCCUGUCCCAAUGGCUGGAAAAGUGACAGCAACCUGCGCUACUGCUACAAGGUGUUCCACUCGUCACAGCUGGAGCAGAAGAUGAGCUGGCUGCAGGCUCACCUGUUCUGCCGCAAACACGGCGCUGACCUGCUGAGCAUCAGUGGCCCGGAGGAGGAGCACUUUGUCCUCCAAGUCCUGCAUGAGACCUUUGGGGAGUCGGAGGACCACGAGCAGCACUGGUUUUGGAUCGGGCUGAACCGCAGGAACCCCAUGGACAACGGCAGCUGGAAGUGGAGUGAUGGACUUGCUCUGACGUACCAGAACUUCGGUCGCUACUACUACAACGUUAGGCAGUGCGCUGCGGCAGACUUGGGCUCCAUGACCUGGUUGGCUAUGCACUGUGACUCUGAGCUGGACUGGAUCUGCAAGAUCCCAAGAGGCAGCGUUGAGAAAGAACCGGAAGCUGCUGAAGGCACCAGUUCGCCGGAGUGGAUCGGCUUCCAGGAGGCCGAGUACAAGUUCUUUGACCACCGCACCACGUGGGACCAGGCCCAGAGGAUUUGCUCCUGGUUUGACUCCUCGCUGGCCUCCGUCCACUCGGCUCAGGAGGAGAAGUUUCUGGCCAGCACGCUAAACCAGAUGGUGAAGGUGGAGGGCGACAACUGGUGGCUGGGCCUUCACACCUACGACAACGACGGGCGUUUCCGCUGGUCUGACCAUUCUGUGCUCAACUACGUGUCCUGGGCGACCGGGAGGCCACGCCCACUCAGUCGUGACCGCAGAUGUGUGCACAUGACCGCCAGUAAAGCAGAAUGGGCCGAACAGAAAUGCCCCUCGGACCUGCCCUACAUUUGCAAGAGGGUCAACGUCACUGGCACUGCCCCCCCAACGCCAUCGUCGCCCCACCCGCCAUCAGGCUGCCCCGACGGGUGGUCCUCUUUUCAGCGCAAGUGUUUCAGGGUGUUUGAUCAGUCUCAGCGGGUCACGUGGUCUGCAGCCAAAAUAAAAUGUGAACUGCAAGGCGGCGUCCUGGCGGUGGUGUCCAAUCACCUGGAGCAAGCCUUCGUCACCACCCUGCUGUACAACACCACUAUUGACCUCUGGCUGGGCCUGAACUCUGAUGCCAAAGGUCAUUUCCAGUGGGCUCAGCCCGGCCUGCUCAGCUACACCAACUGGGCUCCAGGACAGCCCGUUGACCACAGCGGACCGCACCACAACAAAACCCCGGGGAACUGCGUGGCCAUGAUUCACGGGAACCCUCAGAAGAACAAGGGCAUGUGGGCGUCGCGGGGGUGUGAGGCAGAAAGUAACGGCUUCCUGUGUCAGAGGCAACAAGAUCCAGGUCUGCCCGCAGCGCCAGACCUCAUUCCAGCCUCUCUGUCCAAGCGCAUGGACCUGGGCGGAGUGACCUACCAGCUGGUGGAGAAGCGUCUGGACUGGAUAGGCGCUCUCCAUCUGUGUAAUUCUCUAAACGGGACCUUGGCGGCGCCCAGGGACCCCGUAGAGCAGGCGUACCUGACGCUGCUCAUCAACAGCUUGAGGCGCCCAGCGUGGAUCGCUCUGUACAACUACGGAGGGCGGAGCUUCUCCUGGCUGGGCGAAGUGGAAUUGUCCUAUUCUAACUGGGUGGAAGGACAACCCAAUCAGCUGUCAGGCUGCGGUCACAUGACCACCACAGGCCUGUGGACCAUGACACCAUGUGAUGCUAAACUGGACGCUGCUAUCUGUCAGCUUAGCGAAGAGCCAGUGUCACACCAGUGGAUCUACCCAGGAAGCUGCCCCCGCACCGUGGGGGAGUGGGCGUGGGUGUCCUUCAGGAACCACUGCUACGCCUUCAACCUGCAGAGAAUGAAGCUGCAACAGGACGCACGCUUGUCCUGCGAGAAAGUCGGAGCCGAGCUUCUCUCCAUCUUGGAUGAGACGGAGAACGCCUUUGUGUGGGAGCACAUCCAGAGCAAUGCGGAGCAGGCCCACGGAGCUUGGCUGGGAAUCAGCGUCAAAGGUCGAGGUCUGGUGUGGAGCGAGGAAACGGAGAUGUCGUACACCAACUGGGAAGCUCACGACGUGGCCUUCUCCGUCCUCUCGCCCAACUCCUGCUUCUGGAUCCAGAGCAACAGCGGCCUGUGGAAGCCCGGCUCGUGCAGGAAUCGAACGCACGGAGUCAUCUGCAAACGACCGAGAAUCAUGGAGUCGUUGGCUGAAUCCAUGGGCGGCGACCACCUGCCCACGCUGAUCGUGGUCAUGGUGACGGGCGUGGUGCUGGCCGUGCUGAUCGUGGCCGUCAUCUACCUGUACCGGCGGCGAGGCGUGGGCUCACGGGGGUCCUACGACGGCGCGCGCUACAGCCGCACCAACUCAGGCCAGGGCGAGCAGGUGGAGAAGAACAUCCUGGUGUCAGACAUGGAGCUCAACGAGCAGGCCGAGUAGAGAAACACGGACCAGACUGGACUUUUUUUUUUUUUUUUAAUGUUGAAACCAAAAAACAAAGAAAAAAAACGACCCCCUUAAAAGAGAAAGAAAAAGUGAAGGGCUGUGUAGAGCGCAGCAGCAUCAACCUCAGAAGCUUCUCCAAGCAUGGAUCUACUGGAAGUUCUCACACAAAAAGCUGUUUUUUAUGUCCAAAUCCUGCUUUCUUUCACUCGGACACGUCAGCACCAGCCGAGGAGGAGAAGAAGCAAGAGGUCCGUGACGUGAGCUUAAAUCUCACAAGAGGAUCAUGAAAUGAUCAUCAUCCAUUUUGGCACUUUUUCUUUGACUUUUACACUACAAUUGCAUUCGCUUUUUUGUGCUUUUUCAUGUAUGUUUUGGCUUCCACCUGGAGCUGAGUCAGCAUUUUACCCCCUUUUUAAAGCCCCAUAACCCCCGAACCCCCAUGACUUGUCACUUUUAUGCUCCUCUUUUCACGUCUAUUUAUGUUCCAUGUCAACAUUUUUCUCUUUCUUUGUGGCUUUUUGGAAACGUUCCUUCCUUCUUUUUAACUCUCCCACUUAGGAAAACACCGCUCCCCUCCCCCCUUAUGUGCAGGACACCAAUGUAAAUACAAAAAAACUCCAUUUGUGUUUUUUUUACCCCCCAAAAAGCAGAUUUUGGAGCGUUACAGUGAUUCUACUUACCGUCUGCAGGAAUGCUUUGGAGCUGUUUUACUUUUUUUCUUUUUUUUGCGGGGGGUGGACCAACAUGAGAGGGGAGGUGGGUGGAAGAGAAGGUGUGUGUGUGUGUGUGUGUGCGUGUGCGUGUGUGUGCGUGUGUGUGCAGUCUCCAGCUGUGGAAUGUUGACUCGGCAAGAAGAAGCCCAGUGGCACGUCUGGAACCAAUCAGAAAUUAGAGACGGAGGGAAGUAAAGCGGGGGGGGGGCUCAGGGACAUGAGGGGUCAGAUUUUAGUGGAAAGGGGGGGACGGGGUGUGAAGAAAAAAAGAGGAAAGAAGGUUGAAAGAAAAGGAGGUGAAGAGAGGAGGAAUGAAGGUGAGGAGGAGUAAAGAAUGUAGCGAGAGAAGCAAAAGGGCGCCCUCUGGUGGUCAUGUGUUGCACUAGCGCCUCAUAAAAUGUGAGCAGUCAAAGAGCCACGCAACAAUAAUGAUGUGUGUCGAGUGACAAUCCGCAUUAGGCUGUCAGUCAGACCACGUGACGCCCCUGUGAAUAUGACCGGAAGUCCUAACUUUUCUUAGGCAACGUUUUGUCCUUUUAUUUUUUUGUUAAAUAUGAAUUGAUGAAUAAAAAAUGUUAUGUUCUCAACGC